GCUAGUCUUCUACAACGCAAUGGCCGAACCUGAAGUCGCUCCACCCGCAGCCCCGGCUGCUAAAGCGCCGAAGAAGAAAGCCCCCACACCUGUGAAGCCUGCUGGCCCCGGCGCCCCUGAGCUCAUCUUGAAGGCGGUGACCGCCUACAAAGGUCGUAAAGGGAUUUCUUUCUUCGCUCUCAAUAAGGAGCUGGCCGCUCAAGGCUACGACGUGGAACACAACAAACACCACAUUAAACAUGCUGUUAUGAGGCUGUUGGACAGUGAAGCCAUUGUACACACCAAGGGAGUCGGGACGGUUGGGUCCUUCAAGCUGAAUAAAGAUGCUCCAAAGGGUAAAGAGGUAACGAAGAAGCCGGCCGCGACGAAACUCACCGCCGCUAAGAAACCAGCAGCCACCAGGAAGACAAAAGCGGCGACACCCAAGAAGGCGAAGAAGCCCGCUGCAGCCAAGACGAGGCCGGCCAAGAAGUCCGCAAAGAGCCCGAAGAAGACGGCGGUCCAGAAGGCAACUGCUCCCAAGAAAGCUGCUAAGAAACCAGCUAAGAAGUAAACGUCCUGAAAGAUGCUUCAUUCCAACAAAACAAAAGGCUCUUUUGAGAGCCACCCAAAUGUUACACUGAAGAGACAAUCUCCUUUUUUAUUUUCUAUAUUUAUUUGUUUGUGACUUAGAUUUUCUCUGUCACUCUAUCAUAUUGGUAUAUAUACUUUUAUUUAGAAAGUUCAGUACAAUAGUUAAAUAAACAUGUUAAGAAAAAUUAGUGAGUAAGAUAUUUCACAGUAUAAACAUUUUAUAAAAAUAUUAGGGCUGACCCG